GUUGGGAGUUGUACUCAGACUGUAAACAAAAAAUAUUUUUCUUUACUAAAUAUAUUUUUACAGUUUAUUUUUAAAAUAUUUAUUAAAUAUUCUGAUUAAUAAUCAGAAACAUGGACUUUUUGAAUAAGGUUGUAUCCAGAUUGUUUGGCGCCACAAUGGCCUUAAUGUCACCAUCAGGCAAAGCAAUGGUGAUGGGCUAUUUGAUUAACAAGCUACCCAAAUCUGACAUCGCCGCCGACUACGGGGAGGCCGUCACCUACGACGACAUGAGCGCCUACGUCGUGGACCUCUUAACCCCCGUUCGUGACCUAAUGCGGGAGGCGGAGGUUAAUUACAAACACCAGGGCCUAACCGUUCCCAUCAUAUUCUACGAGGACAUCAUCAGGUUCGCCACUGAAAAACUACCAUGGUGCGGUGAACAAUUAGUAGCCAUCCAGCCCAAUGAGCUACGUCACAUUCAAGUGUCCUUGUUCAUGUCCGAGAUCAAUGGCAUCAAUUUUAUGGCUCGACGUGUGUCCCGGUUGAGGGUCGGAAAGGAACUGGUGAUCACUGGUAGUGAACAGGAACUCAUGGGUAGGUUACAGGCGUUGGACUCAAAGAUUAUUUAUAUGUUGACUCACGUGAUCAAUAACGCCCGGCACCCCUUUUGGACUGACUUCCACACUCACAUAAGAGCUUUUCUAAGUGCCGAGUUCCCAAAACUGUACAAGGAGAUUAAUGCGUUGCCUACCACUGAACUGAGACAGAAAAACAUACAGUUGCUAAUCAUGGAUUUGACACACAGCUUAUUGCCACCCCUGUAGUUGUGGGGGACAUACAUUAUUUACUCUACUUUUAUAAAAUAUAUUUUAC